AAACAGGGCCCCAGAAGUGGCCCCUGAGCAGCCAGGCGGGUACGAGGAGACAUGGGGACCGCGAGGACUGUGGGGGUAGCGGGUGGGCGGGCAGGGGCAGGAGCAGGGCUGGGAGCAGAUGACAGCACUGGGGAGGAAACACGAGCAAGUGAUGAGUGACAGCAGGGCGGGCGUGCGGGCAGGAAGGGAGGAGCGGGCUUCACAGUUAUAAACUUGUCCCUCCCGGUUCCCGUGGCCUCCAACCGGCACAGCCAUGGCCGAGGGCCAGAAACGAGGGAGCUUCAAGAAGUUCAAGUUUUUCAAGUUCAAAGGCUUUGGGAGUCUGAGCAGCAUCCCCCGCUCCUUCACCCUCCGGCGCGCGUCCAUGGCCCCCAGCUCUCCUGAGAGCCUGGGGCCGGGUCUCCAUACUCCCCAUGGCUUCCUGGAGGAUCCCUUCGACAGCACCCAGGAUGAUCUCAUCACUAUGCCCAAGAGCCCCAGCCCCUACGCCCGGUCGUCGGACAUGUACAGCCACAUGGGCACCAUGCCUAGGCUGAACCUGGGCAAGGCAAGGAGGAGCCUGGGCAAAGCCAAGAGUAGCCAGGAGAAAGGGACCCCCAGCAACAAAACCCUCCAGACAGCCCCGCUCCCCAACCCCAAGUCUCCCGAGAACUCCAGCACCCCUGACCCAGGCACGGACUCAUCCUCAGCUGCUGGGGAAGCAGAGCAGGAGGAGGAAGAGGCUCCCCAGGACACCCUGGGGGCAGCAACAGCCAGGACAGACCAGGAGCCGAUGGGGACUGUCUCUUCUCCUUUGAUGGAGGCACCAAGCUCCAGCCCAGCCCUGAGCUCCAGCCAAACCCCAAGCCCUGAUGCAGCAGUGGGAGUGGAGACCACCAACGGGGAUCUGCUAGAAAAGGGGCAAGAGCAUCCCGGCAAGAGCUCCCCAGACAGCCAUCACGAUGGCCUGGAGUCCGGCAGUGAAUACGUGAAGUUCUCCAAGGAGAAAUAUAUCCUUGACUCGUCACCAGAGAAGCUUCACAAGGAGCUGGAAGAGGAGCUGAAGCUGAGCAGCACCGACCUGCGCAGCCAUGCUUGGUACCACGGCCGCAUCCCCCGGGAGGUGUCAGAGAGCCUCGUGCAGAGGAACGGCGACUUCCUUAUCCGCGAUUCGCUCACCAGCCUGGGCGACUACGUGCUGACGUGCCGCUGGCGCAACGAGCCCCUCCAUUUUAAGAUCAACAAGGUGACGGUCAAGUCAAGCGAGGGCCAUACCCGCGUCCAGUACCUCUUCGAGCAGGAGAGUUUUGACAACGUGCCCGCCCUCGUCCGCUUCUACGUGGGCAACCGCAAGGCCAUCUCUGAGCAGAGCGGAGCCAUCAUCUACUGCCCCAUCAACCGCACCUUUCCCCUGCGCUACUUGGAAGCCAGCUAUGGGCUGGCCAACGGCAAGCAUGGGGGACCCCACAGCCCCACCACCCAAAAAGGGGGGCACAUCAAGAGGAGGAGCAUCACCAUGACGGACGGCCUGACAGCAGACAAGAUCACCAGGGCUGAGGGGUGCCCGACCAGCGUGUCCCUGCCCCACCACAGAGACAUCAUUCGCAACUGUGCCGUCAGCGUGGACCAGAUCCAAGACCUGCACUCCCCGAUGUCCCCUAUCUCCGAGAACCCAGCGUCACCCGCCUACAGCACGGUUACACGGCUAAAGCCACAUGCCUGCCAAGUGGCUGGGAUUGCCCCCGCCUCUCCGGUCAUAAGAAGGUCCAGCGAGCCCCAGCUGUGCCCGGGGAACAACAGCAAACCCCUGCCAGACCCUGCUCACAGCACCCACUCGACUCCCUGCCAUGGGUACGCCCGCGCCUCCCCCUCUCCCUCCGUGAACAGCUACAGCGACCCGGACACGGGGCAUUACUGCCAGCUCCACCCCACCUCACCCAUCAGCAGAGACCGGCCAGCUCAUGACACCAAGCAGCUGCCAACAAAGAGCUAUGUGGAGAGGCUAAAGGUGGAGGAAGGACAGAGAGGGACUGUGGAGAACGGCUCUGGGGAAGCAGAGGCAGGGCAGAGGCUGAAAGGGGAGCUGGACUUCCUGGGCUUUGUGCCCCCCACCAUGGAGACGACCUCCUCCUUCAACCCCGCGGCCUUCCAGUCCCUGCUUAUCCCCCUGGAGAACAAACCCCUGGAGAUGGCUGUGCUCAAGAAGGUCAAAGAGCUGCUGGCAGAGGUGGAUGUGAAGACACUGGCCAAACACAUCACCAAAGUGGACUGCCUGGUUGCCCGGAUAUUGGGUGUGACGGUGGAGAUGCAGCGGCUCAUGGGGGUGAGCUCUGGCAUGGAGCUGCUCACCCUGCCCCACGGCCACCAGCUCCGCCUUGACCUGCUGGAACGGUUUCACACCAUGUCCAUCAUGAUCGCCGUGGACAUCCUGGGCUGCACGGGCAGCACAGAGGAGCGGGCGGCCCUGCUCCACAAAACCAUCCAGCUGGCCGCUGAGCUGAAGAGCACCAUGGGGAACAUGUUCAGUUUUGCGGCUGUGAUGAACGCCCUGGAAAUGACACAGAUCGCCCGGCUGGAGCAGACCUGGAUGGUGUUGCGGCAGCGGCACACAGAGGGUGCAAUCCUCUAUGAGAAGAAGCUCAAGCCGUUCCUGAAGAGCCUGAAUGAAGGGAAAGAAGGGCCGCCGCUGACCAACACCACCUUUCCCCACGUCAUGCCCCUUGUGACUCUCCUGGAGCGGGAUGAGGCUCUCACGGACAGCCUGGAGCCCUGGGAGACCACUGACAAUGGCGUGGAGGUGGUCAUGGCCCACCUGGAGGCGGCACGGAUGGUGGCCCACCACGGUGGGCUUUACCACACCAACGCUGAGGUGAAGCUGCAGGGUUUCCAGGGCAGAGCGGAGCUGCUGGAGGUCUUCAGCACUGAGUUCCAGCUGCGGCUGCUCUGGGGCAGCCGCGGGGCCGAGAGCAGCCAGGCGGAGCGCUACGAGAAGUUUGACAAGGUCCUCACUGCCCUGUCCCACAAGCUGGAACCAGCAAUGCGCUUCAGUGAGCUGUAACCCCCCUGGGCGCUGGGAGCCCUCUCCCAGCUCCCAGCCUGUUCCCCCCAGCGACUGUGGGGCAAGGGAUGGGGCCAGGCACCUGGCACCAGGAGGAGGAGAGAUAGCCCAGAAGGGUGCUGGGGCACAGAUCAGCAAUUUUGGGACAAAGAGGAGGAAAAACAACCACCUCCCAUCUACAACCCACCUCCCUGGGACACGAGGCAUCAGGGGAUCCGCACCACUGCCCCGAGGGACAGGGACAGUGUCUGGGCAGGCUCGCGCCAGCAUCCACCAUCUGCCCCACCAAGGUCUGUGACUACACGGUGCCCCUCACCUCGCCCUUUGGUUUUGUUUCUUUUCCAUCUCCAUCUUGCCCACAGCCGCUGGAUCCUGCUUGUAAAUACAUUUUCACAAUCACUUCUCGAUGUACAGACUUGUGAAGGACAGUUCUUGUUGUACAUAAUUACACUCAUUCAUUUCGUCUUGUAAAUACAUGUACAUAUCUCAUGGGUUUUGUUCUUACCUACAAUAAACUUUUAUGCUGUUCCUCAAGGGGA